AUGGCUUUUCAAUCUUGCAUCUUAGAAUAUGGCUGCAUAUCAGAAUCAGAAAAUCAAAUUCAACCACAAUCAGCAUUGAAAGUCCUUCAGCAUCAGUUGGAAUCAUUUCAAGCUCUGCGAAUGCAGACUUUGCAGAAUGUGAGCAUGGUACAGUCUGAAAUCAGUGAAAUACUGAACAAAAGUAUUAUUGAAGUAGAAAACCCACAGCAUAGCUCAGGAAAAAACCUAGUAUUCAGCACAAGCACUGAAAAGGAUUUGCCUGUAGAAAAUCAAGAAGAAAUCCCUUCUAUGGCGAAAGUUCAUCAUUUUGCGGAUUCCAAGACUCUUCAUUUAGUGGAAGAAAAACCCAUUGGCAAUAGUGUUAACAGUCUCUCUCAAAGUAUAAUUAUUCCAUCCCAUAUACAUUUUAAGGACAUAGUAACUCCGAGAAUUUCAGCAGAUAAUUCACCUUCAAGCAGAGCUAUAAACCCUUCAGAAAAUGCUGGCAUGCUGAAGAAUCAUAAUAACCUUUAUAGUUUUCUACCUACUGCACCUCAAAGUGUGAUGUCUCAAGCUGAUACAGUAAUUCUGGGCACAUCCAAAAUUACUAUGCCUUUUCUUAAGCAUGGCUUUUGUGAAAAUUUAGAUGAUAUUUGCCAUUCUAUCAAACAAAUGAAGGAAGAGCUGCAAAAAUCAUACGAUAGGGAAGUGGCACUUACAAAUGAACUUCAGACUUUAAAAGCUGAUCCAAAUAUUCAAAGUGAUGGUAAGUAUGACCUGUCCCCUACUCACAAGGAAAAAAUUAACUUUAUUCAGGAAGAAAACAUAGGCAGUAACUUAAAUGAAGACAGCAAGUCAAAGAGAAUUUUAGAAUUAGAGGCAUUGGUAAAGAGAUUACUCCCACUCAAAGAAACAGUGUUAAAAUUCCAUGUGAAUUUUUGCAGAAAAUGUAAAAAACUAUCAAAGAGCGAGAUACACAGGGGAAAGAAGAAUGAGAAAAACAAAGAGAUUCCUAUCAAUGGCAAGAAUAUUACAGAUUUAAAAUUCCAUUCCAGAGUUCCAAGACAUACACUGUCCUUCCUUGACCAAACAAAACAUGAAAUGAAAGACAUAGAAAUGCAACCAUUUGUAGUAAAACAAGAAUCGAUCAUGCUUGAAAAUGAGAAAACGUCCAAAGUCAAUUCUGUCACCGAGCAGUGUGCUGCAAAAAUUCAGUAUUUACAGAAUUACCUAAAAGAAUCCAUGCAGAUACAGAAAAAGGUAAUAGAACUGGAGAAUGAAAAUCUAAACCUUAAGACCAAAAUAAAACCUCUUAUCUUUACCACACAAUCUCUGUUACAGAAAAUUGAAACAUAUGAAAAGCAACUUAAGAAUUUAGUUGAAGUAAAGAACACUCUUCAGUCUAAGUUAAUUAAAACAGAAGACGAUGGCAAAGAGUGUCUUAAAGAAUUAAAAAAGAUAGUUAGUAAAUAUAAUGUUCUCCAAGACCAAAAUAAAACUCUAGAAGAAAAAAAUAGCCAGCUUUCUUUUGAGAAGCAACAAAUGAUAGAAACAUUCGAUCAACUAAAAAGUAAAGAACACAAAACUCAAAAUGAUAUGACCAUUGUCAGUAAUGAAAAUAAUCGAGUGAGAAUAGAAAUGGAAGCAAUGAAAACAAAUAUUCUGUUGAUACAAGAUGAAAAAGAAAUGUUAGAGAACAAAACACAUCAGCUUCUAAAGGAGAAAAGCGCACUUGAAAAUGAACUAAAAGAAAACCAGUUAGAGAUAAUGCAGCUAAAAGAGAAAGAAAGAUUGGCAAAAACAGAACAAGACACACUUCUUCAAAUAAUGGAAGCAGUUAAAACUGAAAAACUUAAUCUUGAAACAACAUUACAAGAAUCAACUGCUGCUAGGCAAAUGAUGAAAAGAGAAAUUGAGAAUAUUCAAACCUACCAGUCUACUGCAGAAGAGAAUUUUCUGCAAGAAAUCAAAAACGCAAAAUCAGAAGCAAGUAUUUAUAAGAACAGCUUGUCAGAAAUAGGCAAGGAAUGUGAAAUGUUAUCAAAAAUGGUAAUGGAAAUUAAAACAGAUAAUCAGAUUCUAAAAGAAGAACUAAAGAAGCAUAGUCAAGAAAAUGCAAAAUUUGAAAACAACAUCAGUAGACUUACUGAAGACAAAAUACUUUUAGAAAACUAUGUAAGAAGUAUAGAAAAUGAAAGGGAUACCUUGGAAUUUGAGAUGCGGAAUCUUCAACGAGAAUAUUUAAGUUUAAGUGAUAAAAUCUGUAAUCAGCAUAAGGACCUACCAAAAACAGCUUACGUUUCAAGAAGAGAGAAAUUCCAUUUUGACAACUGUGAUACUUAUGAAGACACUCCUAGGAGGAGGCCUUUAGCUCCUGAUUUGAAAGGAAUUCCAAGUAAACUGUAUCAAUUAUUUCCAUCCAAGAUGUGUCAAUAAACUUCUAAAAUGUU